AUGUCCCACCAUUUGUUAGUAAAUCGCAGGUACACUAUAGUUGCUCAACGAUUGCCUGAAGAGUAUAUUGAAGAACAACAAAAUUUUUUAUCAUACAUUUAUUUUAAGCGAACAGAAUAUAAUUAUCCUUUAAACUUAAUGGGAAAUAUAGAUGAAAUGCCUAUAGCCUUUAAUAUGCCAAAUCAAACAACUAUUGAGAAAUCUAGAACCCGAACCAUUUCAAUCCUUACAACGAGUCAUGAGUAUACCUGUUUUAUAUUUUCAGAUGGUGUAUACGUCCAUGCAAAUCUAUGUGGCUCAAAUCCAUGUUCACUUCUUAUCCUUGAUUCGUUUACUGCUCAUAGAACAGAUCCUGUAAAGUGUUGUCUUAAGGAAAGAAAUACAGAUAUUGCUGUUAUUCCUAGUAGGCUGACUUCACAUUUGCAACCAUUGGAUGUAUCUUUAAAUAAAGCAUUUAAGGCAAAGGGAGCAUGGGAUAAUAUCGAUCCUGCUAUGAUAAGACGAUCUUUUAAAUACUGCGGAGUCUCUACUGAAAUGGAUAGUUCUGAAGAUAGUUCAAUUUUCGAUUUUGAGGUCUCGAGUAAAAAAAAAAGAAGAAUCAGUAUUGAAGAAGAGGGUAAAAGUAAUGAAUUAGGUUCUGAAAACAUAGAAGAUGUGGAGGAUAAUGAAAGUAAUAAUGAUUGGCCACCAAAUAUAGAUCAAAAGCAGUCAUCUAGCAAUCAAAUCAAAAAACAAAAAUCUGUGAAUCUGCUAAAAAAUUAUAUAGAAAAGAAAAUAUGA